AAUGCAAUAAAGUCCAUCAAGUUCAACUCUAUAUUCUUAAGAGAAUAAUCUAAUUACAUCUCCUCCUAUUGGAUCCCAUAUUUAAACACAAAUCAAUAAUUCUACUAUAGAGAUGCGAUUGCUUUGUUUAGCUUAAUAAAAUGAUCUUGAACAAUUUUCCAUUUAGUUAAAAUCUGGACAAUUUGAUCUUUCAGCUAUCUUAAAUUCUAAAAAAUUUACUGCUCUUCAUUAUGCUUGCUUCAAUAAUAGUUAUCAAAUGUGUGAAAUGAUUAUUACGAAUUAAGAAGGAAGAGAUAAUACUUCACAGAAUAUGGAGAAUUUUAUCAAUUCUACCACAAAUGAUUAAUAUACAGCUUUACAUUUUGCAGCUUUUAGAGGUAAUUUACAAAUAUUAACUUACUUACAAUAAAAAGGAGCUAAUUUAAGAGCAAUCAAUAAAUAAGGACUGAAUAUUUUACAUAUUGGUGCUCAAGGAGAUUAACCUACUAGUAUUGUAUUUGCACUCAAUAAUGGAAUUAAAUUAAGUGAUUUAGAUUCAAAUGGAGGUUCUGCUUUGCAUUGGGCAUGCUUUUAUGGUUAAGAACACUCUGUUAAUUAUUUAUUGCCUUUAAUAGAUAAAAAAAAACCAUAUUCUCCAUUGAAUUCACUUGAUUCUCAUGAACUUACACCUUUGCAUCUAGCUGUUUAAAGUGGAAAUACUAAAUUAGUUAAGAAAUUAUUAAUUUAUGGAGCUGAUAAAACUAUUAGAGGAAAUGCUAAAAAAACUCCAGCAGAUUUAGCUCAAGAAAAUGACUUUAAGAAUAUUUAUAAUAUGUUAACUAAAGAAAGAGGAUUUCUUAUUACAUAUUAUAAUUUGAAAUAAGGUAUAAAGAGAGUUCGUAAAAAUGGAUUUGAAUUAAUGAGAUUUGGGGGAUUCAUGAUUUUUGUCUUACUCUCAUAUUUGCUCUAUAUGGUUGAAGAUUUUAUUCCUCUUGUUACUGAUUAUAUAUUUUUUGGAAUUACUUUUCUGUUUUUCAUUUUCAUUGUUUGUUCAAAUCCUGGCUAUUAAAUUAGAAGAUAAGAAUCUCUUUAUACUUUAAUUAAAUCUUUUGAUCAUUAAGAUAUAUGUCCUAUUUGCAAUGUUAUUAAAUUACCUCGUAGUAAACAUUGCGAUAUUUGCCAACGUUGUGUUUUAAUUUAUGAUCAUCAUUGUCCUUGGAUCAAUAAUUGCGUAUAAUUCUUAUUUAUAUUAGGUUGGAGCUCAAAAUCAUUUGAUUUUUAUUUUAUUUUUAAUUUCAUUAGAUACUUCAAUUUUAUAUGCUCUUAUCAAAACUUUUAUGUAAUGUUCAAUUGGAAACUAAAAUAAUUUGGACUUUUUUAAUGAAACUUUAGUAUUUUGGAUAAUCAUAUCUUUAAAUAUAUUUUUGGAAAUUAUUUUUUUGAUAGGAAUUACUCUUCUUCUUUGUACUUAGAUUUAUAACAUUUUACUCGAUCAAACUACAUUUGAGAGAUUUUCAAGUCAAAACCAAGCAUCUACUAUCAAAUCAAUAAUGACUAAUUCUAAUAAAAAUUCCCUAAUUGAAGAUGAAUUACUUUCCCCUAAAAAAGAUAGAUUUGUCCGAUGUUCAUGCAAAAAUGUCAUUAAAUUUUUAACAAAUGGAACCACUUAAAGAAAAAAAGAAGCAGCACUCAGAUUUUGA